GAAGCUGAAGCUGAUUCAUUACAUUUUUUUUAACAAUAAGAGCAGCUAGGUUAACAUAUUGGGAUCUGAUUCAAUAUGUUACUUCUGCAAGAUUGACUUACCUUGAAACACUACUCUUUUUUUGCAGAAGACCGCAUUCCAGGAUAUAUAUUACCUCUUGCUCCAGGAAAGAAUGCUGGCACAGUUCCUCUCUACCCCACAUAAAGUAUUUUAAAGCCUGUCAAUCUUUACAGUAGUAUUUCAGCCUGUUGAAAAUAAUCCAUGAUUUAUCUAGUCAUUUGGAAUUAAUGGAUAAAAAGAAGUGAUUGCAUUUAGAAAAUCGUAAAGGUGAUCUCAAUCAACUAAAAAGUCACAAAGAAUUCAUUCUCCAUAGCCCUUCCAGCUCAAUACAAGCCUGAUCUUUUGCAAUGAAGACUUUGAAGCAGUUUGCUCUCUUUCUCCAUUUUUUUAUGCCUGUGGUGAAGUUAGCACCACCUAACCAACAGUCUGUUACAUUUUAUGACUAUGGAUUGGCCACUCUUGAAGACACUGUAUUUAAACAAGAGUAUGAAGACACUAUAUUUAAGGAAGAUGAAGACCAACCAGCACAGGAUGCAGUAAAAAAUAAGGAAAACAAUGGUAUGAUCAUUUUCCAUGAAAAUGAACUACAAGUCCAGAGAGAUGAAGAAGCACCUGAAGCGUCACCAACAAAAGAUACAGAUUUGCCUACUUGUUUGCUGUGCGUUUGUUUAAUUGGUUCAGUUUACUGUGAAGAAACAGAUAUUGAAAGUGUUCCAGCUCUGCCAAAGGAAACAGGCUACCUUUAUGCACGAUUCAACAAAAUCAAGAAGAUCAAAACCUCCGACUUUGCUGACAUUCCCACCCUAAGAAGAAUUGACUUGACUGGAAACAAUAUAGAAGAAAUUGAAGAUGGGACUUUUGCAAAGCUAACAUUAUUAGAAGAACUUUCACUUGCUGAAAAUAGGCUGCUCAAGCUUCCAGUUUUGCCUCCAAAGCUAACUACCUUUAAUGCAAACCAUAACAGAAUUAAAAGCAGAGGAGUUAAAGCAAAUGCUUUCAAGAGGCUGACCAAUUUAUCAUACCUCUACCUAGCACACAACGCACUGGAAUCUGUUCCCCUUAACUUGCCAGAGAGUCUGCGUAUUCUGCAUCUUCAGUAUAACAAUAUAACGAGCAUCUCAGAUGACACCUUCUGCAAAAACAACAAUACACGUUAUGUUCGUAAUCGCAUGGAUGAGAUACGAAUGGAAGGGAACCCAGUCAUCUUGGGAAAGUACCCCAACGCGUUUAUGUGCUUGAAAAUGCUGCCUAUAGGUUCUUGGUUUUAAAUUGCUAAUGAAACUGGAAGUGGUAAAAAGUAGGUAAAGAUGGCAAUUAUACCACUGUUUUAAUGUAUCUCCAUGUUAGUACCUUCCUACACAUAUUCAGACCUUUUAGCAGUUAUAAUGUAUUUAGUUCUACCUUAAGGAACUGGGCAAAGUUACACCUUUUGAUUUAAUAAGCUUGAGCCUUUUUAUUUCUAUAACAUAGAUUCAACAUGAGACCAGUAAAAAUAUUCUUUAUGCAUCAGAGCCAACCCUUUUCAUGUGAACAAGAAAAAAAUCAUGUUAGCACUGCAAGAGGAAUAGUUUGAUCAUUCGAUAGAUCCGUUGUAUUCUUAUAAGUCUAACAGUACACUUGCAUGAUGUAGGAAGCAAACAGUGCAAAUAUAGGAAAAUACAGGGAGCUGAAAUUGCUGAACUAAAGAAAGUCUUUGUUAUUUUGUUGCCAAUGCAAAGAAUCUGUACUUAGUAUACUACUGUUUUAUAGUGGGCAGGUCCACAAACGGUAGUAAGGGAUACCAGCAGGGGGAUGAGAAGACACACACAUAAACCUUCUUCUGUGUAAUUAGUAAUUUUCCAAAAUGUUGGUGGUAACAUCACUGUGAUUGCAUUAAAGAAGGAGGAAGACAGUUGUGAGCCAAUCACUAUUGAAGGUUCAGUUAUGUCAGGCUAGACAUGGAGUAGCACUGGAAAGGGGGGCAGGUAUAAGAAUUACGGGAACACAGAAAUGACAUAUAUAGGAGCUAAUGUGAAAGGUAAAGGAUGGGGAGGGAAGAAGCAACACAGACAAUUAUGAACUAGAAAGCUAUAUCCAAUUAAUGUUCUAGUGAUGGGUGCAUGGGGCAGAACAUCUAAACAUUUAAGAGGGAAUACAGUGAUCCUGAUCCUACUGAAAGUCAGCAAGGGAUAUUUAUUAUCCUUGCAAAUACAAUGGCAUUAUUAAGAUUCAUAUUUCUGUUUAACACCAAUCAAAUUAACUACUGAAAUAAAACAGAUCAACAAGUCAUAGACAUGGAAAACGCUCAGCUUCAAAGACUUUUCAUUAUAUGGUUAUCAGAAAGGUGAUAAACCCAAAACAUUCCUCUUCACAACUCAUCACAAAACAACUGGAUUAUGCUACACUUCAACAAGGACAUCUCAAAAAGUUCUUCAAGUCCAUUUAGAAUGGAUAGAUCUUCUGAAAAGGAGAGCUAGCCAUUUAAGAAACACUGAGUACAUCCUUUAGAAGUUUAAA